AUGCCGGUAAACAGCACCCUGCUUCGAGAGGCCUUGCUCUCCAUCGUGAUUGCGCCAACACUGCUCUGUGGCUUUCUCUACUUGGCGUGGGUUUGUGCUGAACUUCCAGAGGUGAGCGGAGCGAUGGCUGCGAGAGGAGCCAGGAGCCAGGAGGGCCGUCGGGAGCACGCCUUCGUCCCGGAGUCAUUCGACGGGGCCAACGUAGCGCCCAGCCUGUGGCUGCACCGCUUUGAGGCCGUUGACAGCCUCAACCACUGGGACCCUGCGACCAGGCUCAGGUUCCUCAAGGAGUCGCUCAAAGGAGACGCCCUGGAGGUCUACAGCGGACUCAGCGUCCAGGACCAGAGAGACUAUGGGACGGUGAAGGAAGCCCUCCUGAGGGCUUUCGGAGGGCCCGGGGCUGCGUGCAGCCAGCCCAAGGAGAUCCUGUUUGCCAACAGCAUGGGUAAGGGCUACUACCUCAAAGGGAAGAUUGGCAAAGUGCCCGUGAGGUUCCUGGUGGACUCUGGGGCCCAGGUCUCUGUGGUCCACCCGAGCUUGUGGGAGGAGGUCACCGAUGGCGACCUUGACACCCUUCGGCCCUUUGAGAACGUGGUGAAAGUGGCCAACGGAGCCGAAAUGAAGAUCCUGGGCGUCUGGGAUACGGUGGUGUCCCUGGGCAAGCUGAAGCUGAAGGCCCAGUUCCUGGUGGCCAACGCGAGUGCCGAGGAAGCCAUCAUCGGCACCGACGUGCUGCAGGACCACAAUGCCGUGCUGGACUUUGAGCACCGCACCUGCACGCUGAAGGGGAAGAAGUUCCGCCUCCUGCCUGUCGGGGGUUCCCUGGAAGAUGAGUUCGACCUGGAGCUCAUCGAGGAGGAGCCCACACAGGAGGGGCAGCAGCUGUCCUGUUAAUAAGCCCCCCUUUUGCCCCCCAAAAUGGUUGGGAGACCUACGAGUGGGGGCACUUGGUCUCAGGGAAGUUGCCGGGUUUGGCCCACCUGUAAAUCCAACUCUUGUUUGCGGCUCGCCUCCCUCCGCAGGGGCCCUGGUCUGCCCCUGGUGGGGGAGGCUUUGUGGAAACCACACAGCGGGAGCAGCAGGCUGGCACACUUAGAGAAGAGGUCCCCGCGGUCGUCAAGCCGCUGUUGGUGGCACCUACUUGAAGGCUGGAAGAAGCUUCCAAGGAGGCUAGGAAUGUCUGUCUGCGAGAGAGGACUGGGGGGCCCUUGGCGAUCCCGUGAGGUCUGGCUGUGUCACCUUCAGGUCCAGCAGGGCUGGGUCCUGGCUGCAGUCUUGGGAGCCAGGUCCUGCCCUCCCGCCGGGGCGGCAGCCGCUCUGAGGUGCCCCCUGGCCAGUCUUUCCACUUGCGUAAUGAUAUGUUUCCCUCUGUCAUUUGCUUUGAAAAUCAGCCUUGUGCCAAUAAUUCAAUUACUUUAAAACCAAUAAAUAUGGGUUCGUGGAAAAA